AUGUCGCAUCGGCAUCAAACACGAGUUUUACGAGCCUGCGAUUCGUGUACUCACUCGAAGCAACGCUGUGAUGGUCAGCGACCAUGGUCUGUGCUGAUUCUAACCGCGUCGCGGGCAAGUCGACGCUGUUUAGAGCGUGAAGAGUCCUGUCACUACACCAAGACACUUCGCAAACGCGGGCGUCCACCUCGAUCGGACUCGAUCCGUUCUUUGAGGACAGAAAAACACCGCGCCGUUGACCAUGAAUCACCACAGAGAACGCCUCAAACCCCCCUGGAGAUGAUAGCGGAAAGUAGUGCAUCGCGGCCAGAUACUUUCAAUGGCAUGGCUCCUUCCGAUCUAAGGCGCUCCACAAUUGGAGAGGCUACGGACAGCAUGUCGGAAGUUCUCAAGAACUCGAUUGGUACUAGUAGUACCGACUCGUCCUUCUCGAACCAACAAGAAAAAUUCAAUCCAAUAUUUCACAGGCCACCCGCCAGCAUUGAAGUUAACUCGAAUCAAAGUGAAUUUCCGUCCGUGAAGAUUUCUAUGGACCCUACCAGUCCUUUGAAAGACUUCUCUCGACCAAAAAUCGAUCACGAUUCGAACAUUGCUCACGGAUAUUCAAUAAAAGAAUCACAUCAUUUUCUUAAUUCAAUUUUGCCACAUUUGCAGGGGGUGCUCUCUUUGGCAGAAGCUUUAGAGAUGCUGGAAAUUUAUUUUGAUGAAGGUUCCAAUCCACUUUACAAAACAACAUCACCCUAUAUGCUGGCCCACGUCCUGCAUCCUUCAACAGUGUUAAGCCAAGCUGAUGCACGUCCGAUAUCCCCUGCCCUUCUCGCAGUGAUCCUUUUCUGUGUUACACAGACUGCGGAUAUGAAGAUCUUCGACACACCGGGUGCCCGGGAGCGGACAAGCGUAGUUCUUUAUCGCCUUGCGUUGGACUUACUUGAAACAGAAGAUCCUGAUAAUUACUUUCGCACAUCUGAUGGAUGGCAAUUUCAUCCUCACCCCAAUGGCAGCUCACCGAGCGAAUUCAACUCGACUCCGAAUCGCCAGUCUUCAGGACAGGCAUUACUACCAAGACAAUUGGGCUCAACAGACAUCAUCCUCGCUGUGACCAUUUUGACCCUGACCAUAUCUGGGGGCCAUUAUAAGGCAGACUCACUCAAAUGGAAAGAUAAACUUGUCAGGCUUGUUAGAGCAAGUGGACUUAGCAUGGAAGACCAAGAUAUUGACCUGGGUCCCGUUUUCUGCGGUUUGUAUAAUGGUGAUGCCACAUUCAGGCGGUGGCUAAUUUCAAAGGAGGAGCGCCGACGGCUGUUUUGGCUGAUCUACUCUUUAGAUCGCCAUCUUGCCUUAUCUUUCAAUGUGCAAUUGAGCCUCCCCGAAGGCACCUUUUGUGUCAGAACACCAUUACCAGAGGAUGUUUGGCAAUCACUUGACACGGCUGAUCUGACGUACAUACCGACAUGUCCGCUCGGGCCACCUACACAUAUCUCGGGUUGUGGAUUUUUCGAGUACUUUUUACCAUUGGCGACAGUCCUCGGGCAUAUCAUUGAUUUGCAUCACUACCGCAGCCACCCAGUCAUGGGCAGAUUUGUCCCCAUGGAGGCUGUUCAUCAUAUAGAGGCCAUGAUUUCUUCACAAGAGCAAGAGCUGACUGCACUUCAAACUCAGACCAACGAGUUAUUUACGGAUGAUCUCAACGCUCAAGGCUUUUCUCAGCAACCCACAGGCCCAUCUUCACACAGCGGAGAAGAAUUCACUUCUUCCAGUAUGUCCAAUUCUACAAUAACCAAGCUACAGCUAGUCCGGAUAUACAGCACAUAUCUUUUGCAUGUCUUCCACAUUUUGCUUCACGGGAAAUGGGACCCAAUCUCCAUGAUUGAAGAUAAAGAUGACUGGAUCACUUCCGAGAGCUUUUUGAAAUGCGCGUCACAUGCACUAAGUGCAACAGGCGUAGUCUCACAAAUUCUGACCCUAGAUCCGGAAUUGCUUUUCAUGCCUUAUCUCUUUGGGAUUUAUCUUCUCCAAGGAAGUUUCAUCCUACUCCUGUUCCUUGACCGUAUGCCAGAGCUUGGUCCUAAUCGAUCCGUGGAAGAAGUCUGUGAAACUAUUAUUCGGGCCCACGAAGUGAGUGUGGUGACUUUGGAUACGACAUUUCAGAAAAACUUCCGGAAAGUGUUCAGGUCCAUGUUGUAUGACGCUCAACAAGCCGGUCCUCAUUCGUGGGAUGAGCACAAAGCUCGACGCAGAGAGCUACUUUCUUUGUAUCGCUGGACGCCGUUAGCUCAUGGGCUUGCAUAUUAA